GAGGAGGCCACCAUGCAGUCCUGGAGUCGAGUCAGGGCGGCCAAGUGCCAGCUGCUGGUCACCAGCUCCUUUGUCUUGCUACUGGGCCUUUCUAUGGCCGCCAUGGCAGCUGUCAACUACCUAGGGACACACUUUGCUGUCGUCGGCCGCGCAUCCUCAGACAGGACCCCCUAUGAGGCCACACGCCGCUGGGCCUUCUGCACCAGCAUCAGCCUGGCUGGGCUCCUGACCCUGGGCGCCGUGCUGGGUGCUGUAGCCACCGUGAGGGAGGCCGGAGGCCUCAUGGCUGGGGGCUUCCUGUGCUUUGCCCUGGCGUUCUGCAUCCUGGUGCAGGUGGCCUUCUGGAGAUUCCACAACCCUGCCCAGGUGGAGGAUGCCGUGUUAGACACCUACGAUCUGGUGUAUGACCAGGCAGUGAGGGGCUCGUCCGUCAUCCUGCGGCAGCAGCUGGUGGCCAUUCAGGACACGUUCCUGUGCUGUGGGAAGAACUCUCCUUUCGGCCUCCUGGGGGGCACGGAGGUCAGUCUGUGUCCAGGAGAGGAGGCCACCAGACAGGACUGCUUGGUGGGGGUCAGGAGCUUCCUGAGGACCUAUGGAAACAUCGCCUCCACCCUCACUGGCAUCGGCCUGGCCUCCACGGUGUAUGCCGUGCUGCUCAGCUCCUUUCUCUGGUUCGCCUUUCGCUCUGGCUGCAGCUUGGACCGCAGGGGCAAGUACACCCUAAGCCGGAGAGCCCGUGACUGCCGGCCCCAGGAGCCCAACUUCUUCAGACGCUCCCCGGGGGGCCCCGCACUCCAGCACCCGAUGGAAGCGGACGUUCUCGAUGGCCGCCUGCGUGCGAGCAGACCCUCAGGGGGCCCUCAGUUCCUCCAGGACAGCUGACGCUGCUUCAACCACCUGUCCUGCCACCUGUCGGCCCACAGAGCCUGAGCGGGCCUGAACAUGAGCCUUACGAGGAGGGUGCGACGUGUUUUCUGCCGCAGCACGGAGGGACGGGGAAGGAGAG